GGUUUGUUGUUGUUUUGGUACCACAUUUUACCGCUUUUUCCGCUUGCGGCAAGCACAACGUUUGGUUGCUUUGGACGGCGAACGUUCAAGUGUCCGUUAAGGGUCCAGGCUGUCCAGAGACAAAAUUCAGCUACCCUAAAAUUUGUAAUCGUCGAGAGAAAUUUAAUAUUUUUACACACGUACAGUCAAUUAAAGUAGCAGAUCUAUAAGAUGGCAUCUUCUUCGUCAAACACAUUCCAAGAUUCGGACCUUCAGGACCUUGGCCUGAGCGAUGACGAACCUGAGACUGCUUCAGGUGUUCUGAACAAGUUCCAGGCAGCAUGGAUCAAUGAAAAGUUCAGUCCAGAGCUGCUGCCGUAUCAAGGAGACUUUGUCGAGUGUCUGAUAGAACAGAUCAAGUACAUGGAUAACAAUGUCCGCAAGCUGGACAAAAGAGAUAUCAGGUCGGCGCUGCACGCCCUUGAGCUAAGUCGCAUCAAGUACAUGAUCACCGACUACCUUCGAGUUCGGCUAAGCAAGAUAGAGCGCUUCACAUUUAGCAUCCUAGAGGCCGAAAGUAGCCGCAGUGGUGACGACCUCUACCUGUCCGAAGGAGAGUUCCAAUUUGCCAAGGACCACUUUGCCAACACGCAGACCGCCCUGCAAACCAUUGCCCUGAGACACUUUCCGCGGCCUCUGGCCUCCUUUGAGCCAACAAAGAUGGCUGUCCAACCACCCUUAAACAGUUACGUCUUUGUUAAGGCCACGAAAGCCGUGUCUGGACUGAUUCUGCCCUCUGAGGAUCCUGAAGAGCCAGAUGAGGAGGUUGACCUUGAUGAGAACUCGCAACACAUUCUGCCAUAUCAGCCUGUUGCGAAUUUAGUCAAAAGUGGCAGUGUGAAAUUAAUCUAAAUAUUUUUGCUGUACAAAUUACAAUUCCAAUAAAUUUUAUAUUUCCUAAGG